GCAAGUGCUAAAUUAAAGCGUGCCAACCAUUUCCGACAUGCACACCGCAAUCCUAGGAGUGCUUUUAUUGAUGGCGGGAGUAGCGUUGUGCGCUUCCCCAACGCAGAAGAAAUGCCUGGUGUUCGGACCUAUGACUUUACCCAAUGGGAAGGCAAUCCAGGGAACGCGCAAUGUGGGCGGCUGCACGUGCAAGGAGGCUUACAAGGAGGAGUUUGACCCACGAAUUGCGGACAAAGCGUUCCCGCAGUGCAAUGACGACGGGACAUGGCGACCGCGACAGAUGCAGUGGCGAUCGGCGUAUUGCGUGGAUAAGAACGGUAACCAGAUUACCGAAAAGCAAAUCGAGCGUCCUGGGGAGCUGAAAUGCGAUUAAGUUGCACGCCGUUCAUGAACCACUCCGUAGACCGAUCUAAUUUGAUGCCGUCUGCGGCAACUUCAGAAGAUAUCCUAAACAAUAUUUAAUGCAAUAACAUUGCUGAUCAGUGUGUUUAAAAAUUUGGAUGAGUCCUAAUUUGGUUGCUUAUUUUGAUUAUGGAUGCCGAAUGUUUACUCAAUAACAAUAAAUUUUUUCUGUUUGGGCGGUGGAGUUGGUGACAGCGCUACGAAAUUUCAUCCUGAAUACUGUUAAU